AUGUGGCUUCUUCUCCCCUACAGAGAGAGAGAAACGACAAAAUUUCGUGUUGACGUGACGGUAGCGGAGCAAGACGAGGUUGUCUUCUACCUUACUUACGAGGAACUGCUAGAACGUCGGCUAGGAGACUAUUCGCACAAGAUAAAUGUUCAUCCUGGCUACCCCGUUCGGGACUUGUUGGUCGAUGUCACCAUUCACGAAACUAGAGAUAUUAGCAUCCUCAAAGUCAAAAAAAUACCAGGCGGCGUGGAGUUUAGAGAUGCUGUGUCCGAGUGGAGAGAAGGCGGAAAAACGGCUCGUCUGCAGUUUGAUCCCGAUCCAGAGAUGAUGCCUGUUAGUAGAGUCAUUCACGGCCAGCUGGUUGUUCACUAUGAUGUGGAGAGAUCCCUCGAUGCUGGUGAUGUUCAGUUUGAUCGUGUGAAAAAGGCUUGGGAGUCAAAGCAGAAAUUUGAAACCAAGACAGCGGUGCCUAAGCGUGUGUAA